AUGUCGCCGGCGGAAACAUUCCUUGAGUAUAGAACCCGGGCACAUACGCUGCAGAGUUUGUUCAAUUUUGACGCCAGCAAAUUUUCAAAGCUUGGGGAUCUCCAACUUGCCCAAUUUGUGGUUUAUGGAUUGCCGGAUUCUCUUCAAGAUUGGAUUAACAAGCGCCAACUCCUCGAGGUGGCCCCGUUCAAGAAACAGGCCAAUGCUUCCUUCAUGGCGUUACAACAACCGGCUGACCCACCUGCUCUGUCUAGAUCAACUCCGAGUGCACCACCAAACCUUGCCCGCAACGAGUUUGUCUGGCAAGUGCACUCGUAUCUGGAUUCACUGGGUUUGUGCCACUUCUGUAAGAAACAUUGUGGCAGCGCGGCUGGCUCCUGUCCUGGACCUAUUGAUCGAUCUGGCAUCAACAUCCCAUCAAAAUUUGCAACCCAAAUCAAACUGGCCGACUAUGUUGCCCCGCAAGCCUGGAGUAGGUCGACUGCUAUGCCAGGAAAGCCCACGCAGGCUCCGGCGGGAUGUCCUUCAACUUGCGCUGCAAGCGUUGCGGGUAUUACGGACACUACAUCCCUUGAGGCUCAGGUCUCUGCGCUAACGCUUGAAGCAGCAAUACAAGAUGGGACACUUAUUUUGAUGAUGAAGGCUGCUUCCCUGGUCUUGAAUCGGCCGGAUCUCGACAGUCAACUCCUCGCAAACAAGAUUGAGAAGGCCAAACAAGCUGACCUAGCGGAUGCUAUCGCCGGUCACCUGGGAUGUGCUUGA